AAGCGUAGUUCGUUUCUCCUUGUUUUGGGUUUUGAGAGGUUUUGAACUCCCGAUGAAAAGAAGGGUAGCGCAAUAACUCUCUUGCUUUCUUUCACGUUUCUUCCUCCCCUCCCCGCCCCAGUCUUCCCUUCCAAAUGUUGUCUCCAUUUGACUGUGCUUUGCUUAGACUUUUAUCUUUUUUUUCCGUUGGAGAAUUCAGAUUACUGUUAAUCUGUAUCGUUUCUACCCUCCCCACUCCCACCGCGAUUGCUUCCGCAGUGGCUUUUCAGACUGAAGAUGAGAGCUGUACAGCAGAAGUAGUCAAUGUAGUGUUCAUAGACCGUUCUGGGCAAAAAAUCCCAGUGCAAGGCAAAGUUGGGGAUGAUGUGCUGCACUUGGCUCAGAGACAUGGCAUCGACCUAGAAGGUGCCUGUGAAGCCUCCUUAGCCUGCUCCACUUGCCACGUUUAUGUGAGCCAAGAUUUUGUGGAUAAGCUCCCCACGCCUGAUGAACAGGAGGAGGAUAUGUUGGAUAUGGCACCGCUGCUUCAGGAGAACUCUCGACUGGGCUGCCAAAUUAUCCUUAGCAAAGAACUGGAAGGAGCAGAGUUCACCCUUCCCAAGAUCACCAGGAACUUUUAUGUGGAUGGGCAUGUCCCCAAACCUCAUUGAGAGCCACAGACUCCAUUGCUGGAUCUGUCCCCAUUGUUAAGGUGAUAAAGGCUUCAGAGAGCACAGCAUGGUUGUGGCCAAAGCUGGAAACAUUUAAAGAAAAGAAAGAGGAGAUGGCUCGAUGAGUAAGAAGUUGCUGCUAUGGAAGGAACUGAAUGAAAUAAGGAGUAAGGUUCAAGCAUUUGGCAACUAUCUCACCUGCCUGUGCCUUCUUCAGAAAGCCAAAUCUGGGUUAAGCAUAGCCUCAUCCAUGGCACAAAGGGGUGCUGGUAGAAGGAUAUUUCCAUACUUAAUAGUUUUUCCCCCACAUCCUGGAGAAAACCAAAACAUUUCAUGGAGAGGCAAGAUGUUCCUAUGCAGUAGCCAUUGUCUUUUAGCGGAGAAAUAUAAAGUUUUAUGUCGUGUUAAUUGUGUGAAGAAGGAAAAAAAUGUAAUUCCCAUAAGCACUUUCUUUGUACGCUUUCCAGCUUGUUCUCUCUUGUUCUUCAGGCACUGUUUUGAUCUACAUUGGAUCUUCCUUAUCUGUUGUCUGCAUUUAACUGUAGAACAGUAUAUUGAAUCUUUGGUCAUCUCUAUAACCAAAAAACCAAGGAAUUGGCUUCUUCCAGUAAAGAAAAAGCAGGCUGUU